AUGUCGGAAGUACGCAUUAGACCUCGCCAAGUAUUGGUUUUAAUUAUAGUAUUCCUGGUAAUACUACUGAUGGUCCAUCGCAAUGGCAAAAGGACUUGCCAAGGACCGGCAUAUCUACAGGCCAUGUAUGCCAAACAACAAGAUGAGGUAUUGCCGACAAUUUACUGCAUAACACCAACCUAUGCCCGGCCACACCAAAAAGCAGAGUUGACGAGGCUCUCUCAUGUUUUUAUGCUGGUGCCAAAUUUACAUUGGGUUAUUGUGGAAGAUUCGGAAACAACUACCAAUUUGGUAAGGAAUUUAUUAGAGCGAGCCGGUCUCACUCAACGUUCCACCCAAUUGAAUAUAAAAACACCCACUGCUUUUAAACUGAAACACAACGACCCCAAUUGGAUAAAACCACGCGGAGUGGAGCAAAGAAAUUUGGCCUUAUCAUGGAUACGUACAAACACAGAUGCCGAGAAACACAAUAUUGUCUUCUUUAUGGACGAUGACAAUUCGUAUAGUGUGGAACUUUUCGCGGAGAUGACAAAAAUUGAACCUGGUCGUGUGGGUGUAUGGCCUGUAGGCUUGGUUGGUGGUCUAAUGGUGGAGAAACCAUUACUUAAUGCAGUUACAAAUGAAGUAGAGGGUUUCAAUGCCGCAUGGCGUCCCGAAAGACCAUUUCCAAUUGAUAUGGCCGGUUUUGCCAUAUCAACAGAAUUACUUUUUAAAUAUCCCGAGGCUACAUUCAGUUAUGAGGUUCAGCGUGGCUACCAAGAAAGUGAAAUUUUAAGACAUUUAACUACUAGAUCUCAAUUGCAACCAUUGGCCAAUAAUUGUCGUGAUGUGUUAGUUUGGCAUACGCGUACAGAGAAAACUAAACUAACAAACGAGGAGGCUUUGAACAAACAAGGGAAAAAAUCCGACGAGGGUAUGGAGGUUUAA